UACCUCCUUCACCCUGUCUGCCCACCCCAGGCUGUUACAUAGUCAGAGCUACGGACGACACCAGAGUGCCCAGGCCCAGCUCCAAGACCAGAGGGGCCUGAUGGCUCUGUCCAGGCUCAGGGGCCUGAUGGUGCUGGCAGCUCUGCCAGGGGCACUGGGCUCUGAGGAAGGCGGCUCCCACAACUCGGUCACCGUGUGCCUGCUGGUGGUGCUGCUGCUGCUCCUGAUGAUGGGCUUGGCCCUGGCCUGGUACCACCUGAGCCGAGAAUCCAAGGGCUACUACCACCCCAACCGCCUGGGCACCUCCCUGUGGCGCCAGGCCCGCCGGUUGCUACGGGCCACAGGGCUGAGCCGCUGGCUGGGAGAGUCAUCCGUCACAGAACUUCAGGACAGCAUGGAAAAGCAGGAAGAUGAGGAGGGCGAGGAGGAGGAAGAUCUAGAACCAGAGGAAGUGAAGGAGGAACAGCCAGGCCAACAAGAGAAGGAUGGUGUGCCUGGGAGCCCAGAGGCAGCCCAGGGGGGAGACUGCCCUGAGCAGGGGAGAGGCAGCGGGGUCCCUGCACCUGCGUCUGAGCCCCCCAGCGCUGGGGGCAGUGCCGAGGCCCUGCUGAGUGACCUCCACGCCUUUUCAGGAAGUGCAGCCUGGGAGGAUGGGGCAGGGACAGAGGGGGGGCAGGGCCUCAGUGUCACUGCGCUCUAGGUGUGGGCGAGGGGGGCUUUGGCCCAGCUUCUCUGCCCCAAGGCUGCCAGGGGGAUAAACAGGACCCCACCCCCAGCCUCCCCGGAGCCCCGCUCAGCUCAGCCUGCCUACUCCCCAGUACUCUUCGCUGUCUACUGCCAUGAUCCUGAAGGAUUGGGGGGCACCACACAUCUCCCCACAUCCAUGACCCCCAAGACUGUGUGCCAACAGCAAUGCCCAUCCAUCCCUGCACUCUCCCCUCUCACCCCAGACCUCCCUGCCCUUGUAUGUGUGGGCAAAAGGACCAAGAUGCCCCCUCAAGAUCCAGGAUGGGGUGGGGGGCUGCCCCCUUUGAAAUAAAGACUCUU